UUUAGACAGCUUGGUCAACGGCUCUCUUUCUUCGUUCAUGUUUUGUAGUAUCCAUUCGUUCGUCUUCUAUACAUUAUAAUUAGUUUCUUUUCGUUUAGUAUUUUAGUAGAAAUUGUGUUUUCGUUUUGAGGAGUUGUUGCUGUUCCCCCUCCUCAAAAAUUUCAGUGUUCGCAUUUUCGGUGUAAAAAGAAUCUUUGUUUUCUCCGCUGAACACUUCUUCAAUUCAAAAAUUUUGCAUGGAUUCGAUUAAAUUUGUGAUCAUUCUAUUUGAAAAAAAAGAACCAUAUAACAUAACACUUUCAAUCUGAAGAAGACGCGAGAGAAAGGGAGAGAGAGAGAGUGCGUGAAAAAAUACAAACAAUAGAAUUCCCAGCAGUCGCACAAAUAAACAAACCACAAAAUGACAAAAGAAAUUUAUCACGAAGGAUGGCUGAUAAAGUCUCCACCAACAAAGCGCAUAUGGCGAGCUCGUUGGAGAAGACGUUGGUUUACUCUAAAACAAGGCGAAAUACCCGAACAAUUUUGCCUCGAAUAUUACAAAGAUCGUAGCUGUCGAAAAUUAAAAGGUGUCAUCGAUUUAGAUCAAUGUGAACAAGUCGAUUCAGGCUUGCAACUUGAACAUCGUAAGCAAAAAUUUCAAUAUAUGUUUGAUGUGAAAACACCACUGCGCACAUAUUAUUUGGCGGCCAAUUCGGAGGAAGACAUGAACGCAUGGGUCAAUUGUAUUUGUGAGGUGUGCAAUUUGCAGGAUUUAUCAAAACCACAACAACAGGAUACCGGCGACAAUCGACAUUAUUAUAAUGUGACGUCGGAAGUAAGUGACAGUCAAGGCGCGACCAAUCAAUCAUUGAUGGUCAAUUUGAAAACAACAAAUUUAUCUCCGAUUAAAUCAUCAAAUGCAUCGGAUCAAAUUGCACUAUUACACACAGCCGAACCGAUCGACAAUAAUAAUUCUGUUUAUCAGAACUACGAUCCAAAAUGUCGUCAUUCAACCUAUGGCAAUCGAGAGACAUUAAUUUGUGAUGCACCAUUGAACAAAAGUGGCGGCCAUGGUCCAAAAGAAGAUUAUUAUAAUUUUACGGCAAUUGCGAAAACAAGUCGCAAUAAAAAUUCAGAUGAACCAGGACUAUUUCGAAAUCUAUCGGCAAAUCGUAAAAUACCAGAAAAUUUAAAAUUGAGCAGCGUUUCUGAUUUACAACCAUCACAAACAAGUGGUUCGUCCGGACCGUAUAUUGCAAUUGCUGAUUGUAUAUCGGGCAGUCCCACAACACCACUUAAUUCUCUCGAUUCCAAAUCAUGUGAUUCACGGCGAAUUAAUGCAAAUAUUCGAUUGAAUGUGGCCAACGAACAACCAUACUCACCUAAACGCAAUAACAUUCAAACGACACCACAAACACCGCAAAGCGGUAAAUCUAGUCCAACCGAUUCUGAAAGUGUUUUUACCGAUGAUGAAGAUUGGAUGCCGGCCAAUCCGAAUGAUUCCACAAAUGGCGAACGUUGUAUGAGACCAUCGGAGAGUUCCGUCGAAAAUGAUUCGAUCGUAUUUACGUAUGCUCAACGAUUUUCAAAGUUGCCGGAUGAUGAAAGUUUGUCAUGUAAACGUGGUAACUCCAAGAGGCCACUUCCAGUCGCCGGGCUUUUGUUGGAGAAAACCGAUUCUGAGGAACAGAACAAAGAAGUGAAUUCUUCAGACACAGAAAAUGCAUCACCAGCCAUUGCCUAUGGCCCGAAGGAUAUCAAUUCGUACGUUGACGAAAGUUAUGAUAUUCCUCGUUCGCAUCAAUUGCGAUACACAAAGCACAAGGAGAGCAAUAAUUAUGAAAACUCCAUGGAUUUAUGUUCAGGCGGUACAAGUGCGUCUAUGCUUGAAUUGGAUGAAGGACGUUCGGGUGAUAAAGUGGCCUUAAAUACAGAGUUCAUGUCAUCGACCAUGCCCAAGAAGCGUUCACAUUUCUACACAAAUGCUGCACCUGUCAAAGUCGAAGGCAACGUUUUUCGUUACGAUUUUCAUGAACAACAACCAGAUGCUCCAGCAGUUGAUCGAAAACUUAAACCCAAAUUAAAUCAUGACGAUAAUGAGCCAAAAGUGGCAACUCCAAAUAUGAUAAAAAGUGUGCCAUCCAUUGUUAAGUUAUCACCAAAUAAAUCGAAUGAUUUAAUACCGCCAUGUAUAGAUCGCAAAUUGAAGCCAUCACCAACUCCGAUCAAACUCGAAACGAGUACAUUGCAACGACGAGGUGUUAUGUCGGCAGCAACUGAUGCCGAAUUUCAGGGUGCAUAUAACAAUGAUCAGGUAUCGAAAACACUUCCACGAAAUUACAACAAUUCAUCAUCAUCAUCAUUAUUGUCAACGGCGACCGUAUCAGCAACGAUGGUAACAAAUCCAGCACCCGUGUCAUCACCACAAUGUGGCGGAGCCAAUAGUCGCCAAACGGGUGUUCUUGAGUAUUUCGAUUUGGAUCAUUCGAAUCCACCACCAAUUUGUAACAAUUCAAAUACAUCGGCAAGCACAUCGAAUCUCAAUUCGCAGCCCAUCGGUUCGGCAUGGUCAAAUAAUCUAUCGAAUCGAUUGAGCACCGUUAGUAUUUCAUCAUCAUCAGUAUUUGGAAAUCAAACUAAUGCAAACGAUGUAAAUGUCGGUGGAAAUACAUUAAGUAUUACAUCAAUUGGUGUUGGCGUGAAUAAUCCGCCAACGUCCAGUGGAAUUGUUUAUAAAUCGGUGGACUUUAUUAAAACAGAAGCAUUUAUGCGCACGAGACAGGAUGCCGAAAUGGCACGCGCCAAAAAUCGAUCAAAAGAAUGAGAAGCGAUUUUUAUUUUUAGUUUUUAUGUUUGCAAAACAGAUUUUAGUGCAUUAAAUAUUUUAUAGCAGUGAUCAUACAUAAAUUGAAUUUGGGUGCCUUGCAAGAAGAUAUAUACAUUUAUAAAUGUGUGUGUUUUAUUCCAAUUGAAAAAUUUAUCUUUUUAAGGAAUAUUUGAUUCAUAAAUCAUUUGAUACAAUGUUAUUUUUUUACACUAAUUUCCCAGAUUUGAGUAUUUUUUCGGUAUUAAGCUUGAAAUUGAAUAGAUAGCAAAUUGAUUGGACUGUCACAAGAAAUGGACACCAAUUUAUUUUAUAUUCUUCCAUACAUUAAACAUAUAUUUUAUGCCUGUGAAAGAUGAGCGAUUAUCAAAUAAACGGAACAUACAUAUAGA